AUGUCACACGCUCUGCAACCGUUGAAUCAAAAAACGGCUGCGCGACCACAUUUGCCGCUACCAAAAACGUUGGGACGCCGCGCCCAAUUGCUAGCCACAAAAAAUUGGUGGAAAAUCUGUUUUGUUUACGGUCAUGAUCCGACAAAAUUUUACCGUGAAAUUAGCUACAAUACAAACGACACACAAACGACCAAAAAAGAAUCAAAAUCUACAGAAGUUACUGAAAUAAUAAAUAAAGAAAAAGUCACUACCAACACCGCUGUUGCCGUCCGUAAUACGGAGGCUGCUGAUUCACUGCGCUCAGCGGCUUUGUCACUGGACAGUGGGAGCGCAUCCCAACCUUCGCUGAGCUCAUUAAAUGACUGCGCUAAAUUAUUUCCACGCAAUAUGCCCAGCAUAAGGCGUAGUCGUCGGCGUGUAGGUGCCAAAACGGCGACUGGCGUUGCGAGUGCUGCGGGUAUUGAAGGCAGCGAAGAGUUGCCAGCGAUUGCGACAAAUGCCAGCGGAGCGCGACAGUCACAUUUGGCGGUUGCCAAACCAACCAAGCACAAAUCCAACACAGCUGGUGGCAGCAUAUUGCAACGCGUCGACAGUAGCUGCCACAAAUCGAGCGUCUCUAAAGUCACGAAGUUGACGCCGAGAAAAUUGAAGGCGCCAAAGUGUGGCCAAAAGCGUCAACACAGCCGCCGUACGCCAUUCAUGGAGAAUAGUGAGUGUGCAGUAGAUGGCGGAAAGAGGCAAACGUUGCCGUGUAAUCAAAUUGGUGAACGGCGCAACAAAAGCAACAUAAACUGCAGUGACAAUAACAGCAAGAGCAAUGCCGCCUUCAGACAAAUAUUAGCGCCAACUGCUACCGACGCGUCAUUUAUAGAAUGCACGCCGUUACAAAAUGCGGUCAAAGCGCGCUGUCACAAGCAUAGCAAGCAAGCGCACAGCGUUGAACGGCAGUGGCAGCCACGCGAGCAACAAAGCGAUUUACAAGUGCAACAGCAGCAACCACAGCAGAAGGUGCUUAAAAUCGCGCAACAACAACAACUGCAAACACAGCAGUGCUCUCUGCAACAUGCAACAAAACCGUUAAAAUUGUCACUGCUGCCAAAUGUCGACGCGUUGUCGCAGACAUUUUCAGUCGCUAGCGCGUCGUGGCGCGCCAGCUCCAUCACCGACCACUUGGCCACUGUUGGCUCACUGCCUUCACCCUCAGCCAUCUCACAGACACAUUCACAACAAUCCAGUCUUAUUAGCUAUGAUAUGAGUCGUUCUACUAGUCGCCAAAGUUGCUUCGAGCCAUUACCAAAUGCGACCAGAGUCACGACAACAACAACAACGCCGAAAACGAAGGGGCAAGCCUGUCCAACUCAUUCCGGUAGCAAACACCACCACCACCACCACCAUUUGGAUGACACAUUUCUGUCAUCGGGCAUUUCGUGCGGUGAUGGCGAAACACAAUCUGAAGCGAGUUGCGCCUCACCAGCGUUCCGCUUGACGCCAAAUAGCGCAGGGUGCUGUCAGCAAAAUAUACAUGGCAGCAACAACAAUGUUGAUAUAGAGAAUAUGGAGGAUGCUGAAGACGCAUUAAUUGAGGCUGAGGUGGCUCAACUUACAGCCAAUUUGCGUCGUGACGAAAAAGCGUCCAAGUGGCACAUGCCUGGCGUUGCAGCAACUGCGAAAGCAUCGACUGCAAAAGCUAAUAUGUGCACAACGGCAGUUGAAGCGGUGACAGUAAGCGCGACUGCUGUAGCAAAGAAAGUUGCCACAAAUGAGGCAACAAUGUCAACAACUGUCACAGAAACAAUUGCAGCAACAACAACAACACUGUUGCCAGCAGCGCUAAAUGUUGCCGAUCUACGCAAUUUGAAAGUGCGUCGUAAUCGUAAUGCUGUUUGGAUAGAUGGCGGCGAAUGCUGCGGCAUUACAGCACCCAUAGCCGAGGAUGCGCAACUAAGUGAUAUUGAAGAGCAGUUGGCACGUUUACCAACGAGCGAUGAAGUGGAUAUGAAUUGUGCAGCGCAGGGAGAAGCAAUAGAGAAAAUGUCAAGAGAAUUGGUAGCAAGCAACGCAAUCGAAAAAGUAGCAGCAACAGCGUCACUAGCGUCAACAACAAAGUCUGCAGCUACAUGCCUGCAACAUAAGCUUGCCACCAGCACGCGUGAACCUCCAUCCCGCCUCUCAUCAUCCUACACCUCAUUAACCCAUCAACAAUUGCUGCUCGAAGUCACCAUGCAACAGCCGACCAACUAUUACACACAAACCGAAAGUGAAUUGCUGCAACUAGAAGCUGCCGGUGGACAUUUACCCGAAUACGAACAACUACAACCAGAAGCCUCAUUAUUGCAAACACAGACACAAACAGCAACCUCCUCAUCAUCUCAACAGCAGCUGUCACAGUUACAACAGUCGACACAAGCACAACAAACACUCCCAACAACAAUAACAUCUCUCAAUAAUUUGGAACGUGCCACGCCCAAUUCAUCCACAGCCGCCACACCUACACCGACCACUGCUAGCAAUUUGGAAGCAUCAUCGAGCAGCACAAGCAACGGUGGCGGCAGCAGUAAUAGUACGACCCCUCAACAUUUUGCGGCUCCACUACAGCGUCGCUGCCAAGCACCGCCACCAUCAUUGCCACUCAGCUCGAUUUCAUCACCGCUGCGAGCAGCCAACUACAAGACGGCUGCCUAUCAUCAGCACCAACAUCAUCAGCAGCAGUUGGAAUUCCAGCGAAAUUCCCAAUCGGACGAUGAUAGUGGCUGCGCGCUAGAGGAGUACACGUGGGUGCCGCCAGGGUUACGACCGGAUCAGGUCCGCUUGUACUUCUCACAACUGCCCGACGAUAAGGUACCUUAUGUCAACAGUGCCGGCGAAAAAUAUCGAGUUAAACAGUUACUGCACCAGUUGCCACCGCAAGAUAACGAGGUGCGCUACUGCCACUCACUAAGCGAUGAGGAGCGUAAGGAGCUGCGCAUAUUUUCGGCACAAAGAAAACGUGAAGCAUUGGGACGUGGUGCCGUGCGUUUACUUUCGGAUGAGAGGCCUUGCAAGGGGUGCGAUGAGCCAUUAUCCGCCGGUGACAUUGUGGUCUUUGCCCAACGUGUCGGCUCUCAGAUUUGCUGGCAUCCUGGUUGUUUCGUUUGUUGCGUUUGCAAGGAAUUACUUGUGGAUUUGAUUUAUUUUCAUCGUGAUGGCAAUCUCUAUUGUGGCAGACAUCACGCCGAGACGCAGAAGCCGCGUUGCUCCGCUUGCGAUGAGAUUAUUUUCUCGGAUGAAUGCACCGAAGCGGAAGGUCGCACCUGGCACAUGAAACAUUUCGCCUGCUUCGAAUGUGAACAUCAACUUGGCGGGCAGCGCUACAUCAUGCGUGACGGCAAGCCCUACUGCCUCAGCUGCUUUGACACCAUGUUCGCUGAAUACUGCGACUAUUGCGGCGAAGUGAUCGGUGUCGAUCAGGGACAGAUGAGUCAUGACGGACAGCACUGGCAUGCCACUGACCAAUGCUUCUCAUGUUGCACUUGUCGCUGUUCGCUCUUGGGCAGACCAUUUCUACCGCGCCGUGGCACAAUUUAUUGUUCGAUCGCUUGCAGCAAAGGUGAGCCGCCCACACCAUCCGACACCAGUUCAGGACCACAGCUGCGACCGACACAUCGUGCCAGCACAACAAGUCAAAUUGCGCGUUCACCAAGACCGGGGGCACGUCAUAAGGGCAAUAGUGGUGGUGUGACCGGUAGCAACGGGAAGAGCGCAGGCAGCGCAGGUGAUUUGUUAGAAAGGCAAACGCGUCAGCGAAUGGAGGUGGGCAUUGAUCGACUUAUGAUCGUAGGCAAGCUGGCGGCGGGAUGUGAUGAUGUUAUGCCACCACUACCAGGGGUACCACGGCCAGCGCAUCCGCCACCCAUCGACCUCACCGAGUUGGGCAUUAGUUUGGACAAUAUCUGCGCAGGCGAUAAAUCGGUCUUUGGCGAUACAGGAAAUCUCACCUCUUCGCUGCCAGACAUGCUGAUGUCAAAGGGCGAGGACUCGCAUAGCUAUCAAAGUAUUGACAAAAUCAACAUAAACUCACCGAGCGCAUCGGAACUUACGCAAAGCACACAAGAGAUUACCAACGAGCUAGAGCUCGAAAAUGAUAACGAAAACUGCGAGCUACCACAUGACAACUAUGAAAUGCUAUUGAAUGUGAAACGCGCGCUUAACAAGUCCGAUGUUGAUGAUGACGACGACGAUGACGAUGACGAUGAGGAUCACAGUGACGCACCAGGAAACGAGGCCAAUGCACGCUCACACCUCAAAGAGGUGCGCUUCCAUAGCGUGCAGGAUACCAUGUCACGCUCGAAGAGCUAUACGGACAGUACCAACGCGCGGCGUAGACGACGAAAGCGAAAUCAAUCGCGAAGCUCCUCUGAAAUGCAAAUAAAUCAGACAAACCUACGACUGCACAAUGCGCAAACGCAUACAGCGGGCGUACACAACAAUCCUGACAAUGGCGACGCGGCAAGUGUCUGUUCAACCUGUUCGUCCAGCUCGUCCAGUGAUAUGGAUGACUAUUUAUAUCGAAUACCUGCGCGCAGACACUAUGGCGGAGUGCGCGUGUCCUAUGUACCAAACGAUGCGAUCGCUUACGAACGCAAGCGCAAACAAGCGGCCAGUGAGCAGCAUUUGGGCAAUGGUGGGGGUGGAGGUGGGGCGUCGUUGAUUGGUGGCACAGCAGCAACAAUGACUGCAUCGACAAGUGGCGCAACGAGUGGCGGGGAGACGAAAAGUUGUAUCAUUUCAUGACAGCCUCCGAUCUUACCACCACCACCGCUCAGCCUUUGCAGCUACUAUAUACUGGACACGAUAUUGGAGGAGCGACGAUUGGUAAUGGAGGAAAAGCGACCGGGUUGUUUAAAGCGCGUUUGGCGCAUGCUAACUGCCGGUGGCAAGGGUAAGAAGACAGCAGAGGAGAUGCAAAGUGUUUAGAGUGAACUAA